UUCAAAUUGCACAACUUCCACCAUUAUCAAUGGUGAAUUAUAAUUACGGACUAUACAUUGCUGUGAAUGCCGGAUUUGGAGCUCUGCGGCAAACUCUGCAGUGGCAUACGUUGCUCAUGUUAGGCAACAAUUGUGGUAAUGAUCCAACGGCGGAAUUAUUCAUUUGCGCUGCAACAACAAGUCCUAGCACACAAAAUGAAGGAGGAGAUUCCGGUGGUUCCUAUUUCAUUUACGAAAACGGUCCUAUAAGUGGAACACCAACGAUUAUCGGAAUUCAUUAUGGACGAGCCGUCUGGACGAAUGGUACAAUCACAAACUUGGCAACGAGAAUUGGACCGUUUAUGGGAUUGGUCAGUGCACAGGCUGGAAUUACGUUGAGGCCAUAGACAUGGUUUGAUUGUAAAAAGAAUCUUUCGUUCUGGUUGCCUCUUACAUAUCGAAUAAAUGGAUGAAUGUAUGU